UUGGCACUGGGUUUGAAAAGUCACAAUUGAUUUGCAAUCUAAGCUUUGAAGCAUAAAGCAUAAUUUAGUUGGAGACAAAUCUCAAGUACUUAGAAAAAUUAGCAGUUCUUUGGGUUGACUUUGACUGGGAUUAUUAAAGUCAACCAGAAACACAAGGAUUCAUAGCUGGCCAAUGGAUCAGAUUUGAAUUCUCCAGCAAAAGAUAAAAAAAAAAAAGAAAGAAAAAAAAAAUCGCCUUCUACUAUAUAUAUGAAGCAAAUCCGUGAAUCACCAAAACUGGAAGGCAAGCAUGGCUGAUGCAAGGAAAGUUGGUAUAUUGGUUCUUUUUCUCCUGUAUGUUUUGUCAUCAUCAGCAAAUGUGGAAGCCAAAGUCUGUCCUUUCUAUUGCUUAGAUGUGGUUUACAUGACCUGCAAGGCGUCAAGCGAUGAGAAGCUUAAGGCUGAGUGCAAUUGCUGCUUAGCUCCAAAAGAUUGCACCCUUCAUCUCUCGGAUGGGUCCUCAGUUGACUGCAAUUGAAUUUGAAGGGAGAGAUCCUGUUGCCUGUUUCUGUAUUCUGAUCAUGCAUACUGAUGUUUAUCAUGCAAAAUAAGUAGAAAAUAUAGUCAAGAAUUUAGAUUUAUUCCAACUUAGGAUGGAUACAUAAUGGAAUAAUUGUAUUACUACAAUAAGGUGAUGAAUGCCAAUGGGAAACUAUAGCCAUCAAAAUAUUAUGAUUUACAAGCAAACAAUUAUAGCUAACAAUCGCAUAAUCUGUUAAUAGGAUAGCCAAUAACUGGUGUUUAAAUUCGGAUAGCCUCAAAUAUUACAAUAACUUUCUGCAUAGUAUCGUUUCAAACGUAUUUUCUUGCCUCCAUGGUGAAAAGGAAAAACAAAGACCAAAGAACGAGUAGCAAUCACUUGAAGGGAUGAAACGAAAGCCAAAAUUGAGUUAGAAGGGAUUGAAUGUAACAGGUAUCCCUCCUUCAAAUCCCAUCCACUCUUCCCAAUUAUCAUAUUCAUCAAAAUCCUUCACAGUUUGCAGCUCAUCCUCAUCAAACUUUUGCAUCAGGUACUGAAAGGUGAAGAAUUCAAAGGGGAUAAUGGUUCGGUUGAAUUAUUUUUCAGUUCAUAUAUAGUAUUUUGAUUUUGAAAAUUCCAUUCGAUCUUAAUCAUAUUGUAUAGGUUUUGUCUAUUAGAUUUUAA